UGGUUUAAUGGGGUGAGGAUUGUCUUCAAUCCGAGUUCAUACCAUCGAUGGAGGGGUAACCAUCCAAGCUAAUGAAAGGGGCGCAUCACACAGCUUAUCCUUUCUGACCCACUGACCAUGGAGAAUCUCACACUCGCAAAUUUGGACUUGAAAGCCUUGAUAACAAGCUGAAACAAAGAAUUCUGUUCGUAAACGGGCACGCAAGCAUGCGGCGUGAGUUGGGAUCUUUAAUUGCAUGCGUUGAGCAAUGAUCAUGACUCUGAGUGAGUAGGAUGCAGUAGUUUAAAGUUUUAGUGGUUCUAUCCCACAAUUCGACUGAGCUGCCGCAAACGCCUGCUCACCGCCAAGCUGCUGCAUUUCGCUGUUUAAGUUUGCGGACCGGUUCUUGCAAUGGCAACCGCUUUACUAGGCCGUUGCCUCUCGUCGAUGCAUUGCUCUUGUCAUCCGCCCCGAGCUAACUUCCGAGUGCCUCUUCUAACAACUCGCAAACCUUCUCUGUCGUUUAGGGUUAGCGGGCCACGGUAUGCACCAAGAUGUGAGUAUUCUUCAGAAGUCGCAGCAGAAUCUGAUGACGGGACCCACGUGGGCGAGACGCAGGAAUUAGAGUCUCUCUCUGAGAGCAUAAAGAAUGCUAAGAAUGCGUCUGACAAGCCGAAGAAUUUCUUUCCGAAGAAGGGCCAGGACCUGGAAAUGGUUUGUGAGAGCUUGGCAUACAAGGGUCUUGGGUUGUGCAAGGUUGUGGACACUGGAUUUGUUGUGUUCUGCGAGCGGGCGUUGCCAGGGGAGCGCCUUAUCGCCCGAAUACUCAAGAAAAAGAAGGGUUUUGCGGAGGCAUACAAGUUGAAGACAUUGUCAGUGCAUGACAACGCGGUAGAAGCACCGUGUGAGUACUUUGGCGAGUGCGGUGGAUGUAAGACACAGAAUUUGACCUACGAGGCUCAACUUCGCGAAAAGGAACAGCAGGUUCAUGAUCUGAUUGCACGGCUUGGAAAGUUUGGCAACAGCCCCCUCUCGGGUGAACCUGGAAGUUAUAUGAUGCCCAUAGUACCUUGCGCUACUCCAUAUGCCUACCGCAAUAAGAUGGAAUUCUCAUAUGGAACAAAAAAGUGGAAGUCUAAAGGAUUGUUUGUCUCACCGAAACUUGAAGACGUGAAUGAAAGUGGUCCAAAGUUAGAGUUUGCACUUGGGCUUCAUGCUCCUGGUCGAUUUGACAAAAUUAUGCCUAUUCACAACUGUCUUCUACAGCAUGACGUUUCCAAUCAGGUCUUGAAAUUGGUUCAGGACCACGGUGAAAGACAUUUAGAGGAGUUGCCCCCAUAUGAUGUACGGACACACGAAGGUUUUCUUAAGCAUCUUACUAUUCGGUCUGGCAGGGACUGCGAGACUGGACAAUUGCAGUUGAUGGUGAACUUUGUGACGAAAGGAGAUAAGAAAGAUCUGCUUCAACCCCUUGUAGACCAAAUCACAACCUCUUUUCCGCAAGUGGUCAGUAUUGUGAAUAAUGUAAAUUCAGCAGUUGGGCCAUCGUCUAUUGUUGACAAGGAGCAUGUUCUAUACGGCAAGGCUUAUAUUACCGAACGCCUACGGGGGCUCGUUUUUGAGAUUUCCGCUAACUCCUUUUUUCAAACGAAUACUUCUCAGGCUGAGGUGCUUUACCAGAAGGUUGAAGAGCAGUGUGCUUUGAAAGGUGAUGGCAGUGAAGUUCUUUUGGACCUCUUUUGUGGUACCGGCACAAUCGGGCUUAGUAUGGCGAAAAGGGUGAAGCAUGUAUAUGGGUAUGAACUCGUGCAAGAAGCCGUGGUAGAUGCUCGUCGCAAUGCUGCUCGAAAUGGGAUUCAGAAUGCCACCUUCAUUCAGGGUGACCUCAACAAGCUUACUGACGAAUUUGGAAAGGACUUUCCACGACCUGAUGUAGUGAUAACAGAUCCUAACAGGCCAGGCAUGCAUAUAAAGCUGAUAAAAUAUCUGCUACAGCUACGUGCACGUCGCAUUGUCUAUAUCUCCUGCAACCCAGCCACAUGUGCCCGGGACUUGGAUCUAUUGUGCCAUACCGGAGAUGAAGGCGUGGAAUCACCCACCCGCUAUCGACUAGUGCAUGUUCAACCCGUCGACAUGUUCCCUCAAACUCCCCACAUCGAGUGUAUAACUACUCUCGAGCUUUGCGAGUAGAAACAAUUAAUCCAAAUGUGCUCUUGGUUUCUACAAUUAAUGACUUAAAUGCUUCUCGCCCUCUGCAUUGUUCUGACGAAUACUUCACAAAUUUAGGAAGCAGAUAGUGUGAUAUGCUCGGGGUUGAAGGGAGCAGAGUAGGCAUUCUUUAGUACCUUCCAGUUGGUGAGGGCAUUUCAUACGACGGGUAUCAUGGUGUAUUGAGGAUACAGGAAGGGGCUCGUGGAGUGAAUGAUCCUAAUCGCAGCGUAUGCUCUGAAGGUCAGACAUUUUUCAUCUUAAUUUCUGGGUGAGUUCUUUUAAAUUUAUUCCCGUAGGUCUAGUUCGGGGCUAAACAUCCUUCUAAAUAGACUCCUUUUGACAAUCUAAGAAAGACACCUCUCAAAUAAGACAAGUAGUUUUGGAUUGUUGAAGUGUGUUAGCUUGACACACAUUUUAGGUUUUAGCACUACCAGCUUAUCUCUACAAACAGGUGAACUGUUUGUUAUGCGCCUACUUAUUUUUUGCAGGUCUGGAUUACAGAGAGCUGUUUCGUGACCAACUGCAAAGGUGAACUCCUUUCGUCGUAUUACACGAUUGGGUGCCAAUUUUGUAAUGUUCCACCCAUUGAAUUUUACAGAAUCUUCCUUCAAUCACUAUAUAUGGGACACAUUCGUCUUUAGCUUCAUCACCUCAAUUCCCCUAGCCUCUCCAUUUCACUCUCUCCGAGUAAGGAGAUUGUCUAGAAAGUCUGUAGGCUUGAGAACACUAAUCAACACCCGGAUUUCUA